AUGACGGCACAACUUCCGCCCAACCUCCUGGCGCUCUUCGCGCCUCGACCGCCGCUGCGCUAUGCGCCUCACAUGGACUACGCGCCGCAAGACCGGCACUCAUCCAAAGUCACGGGCGUCGCGGGCUACCUCGAAGCCCUGAAGAACUACGACGACGGAUACAAGCCCACGGAGAGCUGGCAGCAGCGCCGGGACCGCAUCAAGUACGAGAAGAAGGAGAAGCACGAGAAGACGAUGGCGGAGGGCAAGGACGGGUACGACCCGGCAAACGACCCGAAUGUGCGCGGGGACGCCUUCAAGACGCUCUUUGUCGGACGCAUCAGCUACGAUACCGAGCCGCGCGAUCUGCAGAAGGAGUUUGGGCGGUUUGGGCCGAUUGAGCGGAUUCGCAUUGUGACGGAUACGCGUGCGGGUGAGAAGAAGGCGUCGCGGGUGAAGAAGAAUAGGGGGUAUGCUUUUAUUCUGUUUGAGCGCGAGAAGGAUAUGAAAGCGGCCUACAAAGAAACCGAUGGCAUACGUAUCAGAGAUCGACGCAUACUGGUGGAUGUUGAAAGAGGCCGUACAGUGAACCAGUGGAAGCCGCGUCGUCUUGGUGGAGGUCUCGGAGGCAGAGGCUAUACCAAGGCGCUACCAGCCAAACCUGCUAUUGGUUUCGGCGGACCUCCGCCAGGUCCCGGCUUCCGCGGUGGGUUUGGCGGUGGCAUGCGUGGUGGCCGUGGAGACUUUGGAGGUGGCUUCAGAGGAGGCCGGGGAGGCUUCCGGGGUGACCGUGGCGGUUUUGGCGAUCGUGGGUUCGGUGGAGGUGAUCGUGGUGGGUUUGGCGGUGGCGGAGGUCGCGGUGGUAUCGGCUAUCAAUCCAACGGAUGGGGCGCACCACCAGAAGGGGCACCAUCAGGCCCAAGAGGCGGAGGCAGAGGCGGCUUUGGCGGCGGAUCUGGUGGAGGCUCGAACGGCGACUACGACCGAGGCGACCGCGGCGAGCGAAGAUUUGACGAUAGAGGAGGCGGCUCGUACGGCGGCGGUGGUGGUAGAGACCGCGGUUCGACCGGCGCAAAUCGCGAACCUCUGGGUAAGCCAGGCUUUCGAGACCGCGAUGGUGGUGGUGGGUAUGGCGGCGGUGGCCGAGAUGAUGACAGGAAACGACGAUAUGACGGUGGAGACGGCUACGGCGACGACCGCAGCAAACGGAGGUUCUGA